AGUUCCGCACACGUGGCGGCUACCGGCAUCAUCACGCACGGCGCUCUAGUGUACGGCGGGGUCGGGCCGGGCCUUUGCCCUCGAGGCCCUGACCUCCCGCCUUUGGAACUCGGCUUCCGCGGAAGCUGGCGCGAUGAUGAGCUGCUGCCGUCCACUCCGGCGAGCCAGGCUGCGUCCACGCAGAGCGGCUCUUCAGCGAACGAUAAAGGCCAGAAUGUGGAAUGUGUUGUUUGCGGGGACAAGUCUUCGGGCAAGCAUUACGGCCAGUUUACGUGCGAGGGCUGCAAGUCAUUCUUCAAAAGAUCAGUCAGAAGAAACUUGACAUAUUCUUGUAGAGGGAAUAGGAACUGUCCAAUUGACCAGCACCAUAGAAACCAAUGCCAGUACUGCCGGUUAAGAAAAUGUCUCAAAAUGGGCAUGAGGAGAGAAGCUGUACAAAGAGGCCGAGUGCCGCCCACACAGCCUCCCGGCCUCUCCCUGCCCGGUCAAUUCGCCCUCACAAAUGGCGAUGCCGCGGCGGGCCUCAACAGCCAUCCCUACCUCUCCUCAUACAUAUCUCUAUUACUCCGAGCUGAACCCUACCCAACCUCAAGAUACGGCCAAUGCGUCCAAACCACCAACGUCAUGGGAAUAGACAAUAUCUGCGAGCUAGCUGCGAGAUUACUCUUCUCUGCCGUGGAAUGGGCGAGAAACAUCCCCUUUUUCCCUGAACUACAAGUGACAGAUCAAGUCGCGUUACUCCGACUAGUCUGGUCUGAACUCUUCGUCCUCAACGCGUCCCAGUGUUCAAUGCCCCUCCACGUGGCACCGUUGCUCGCCGCCGCAGGUCUCCACGCAUCACCGAUGGCUGCGGACCGGGUGGUGGCGUUCAUGGACCACAUUAGAAUCUUCCAAGAGCAAGUGGAGAAGCUGAAAGCGCUCCACGUAGACUCGGCGGAGUAUUCCUGUCUGAAGGCCAUCGUACUCUUCACGACAGAUGCCUGCGGAUUAUCCGACGUGCCACAUAUAGAGAGCCUCCAAGAAAAGUCACAAUGCGCUCUAGAAGAGUACUGUAGAAGUCAGUACCCAAACCAGCCGACGCGCUUCGGGAAACUACUCCUCAGACUGCCUUCACUGCGGACCGUGAGCUCGCAAGUCAUAGAGCAGCUAUUCUUCGUGAGAUUGGUCGGGAAGACACCUAUAGAAACACUAAUCAGAGAUAUGUUACUCUCUGGUAGUUCGUUCUCGUGGCCGUACAUGGCGACCAUGUGACAUACAAUGUGGCGCCAGCUUGCAGCGGCCUGAUCGACGCCUUACGGCUUCCCGCCGUACCUGCCAAGCCAGCGGUUCGACUUCCACAGGUUCCGUGAAGCGCCAGAAGACGCGGUGACGUCAUCCAGUGAGAUUCACGACGCGGAGCCGAGCGCUGACGACUGCUUCGCCUCCCGAAACAGAGACAGCGCUAGAGUCGAUCCCUGUCCCGCGUUCGAUCAAAUAUCUGCGUUCUACCCGCCAAAAACGUCGGAACAGGAUAAUAAUUCGGAUAUGCACAGUGAAAGCCAAAAAACUCAAAAGACUUUGAUGAUUGACAGUUUAUUGAAUUUAAGAAAUGAUUCGUGUUCUCAAACAGAGUAGGGUAUUUUGGGUCAGUAGUGUAUUAGUUGAAGUUGUUCCUCUGUAAUAUACUUAGGUUAGAUAUUUAAUUUUGUAAAUAAAAUGUUUUUAUUAUUGUAAAUGUAUGUAUAUUUAAUAUAAGAGGCAUAUUUUCUACGGUGUUCACUCUAUGAGUUACAUAAUCUCACUGGAGAGAACUUUACUUUAGACUAUUUAUAAAAUAGAAAUCUAUGGAUUGAUGACGGCAAUAAAAUUGUGCAAUUUAGAUUGAAGUGGAUAUUGUGUAGAAUGUUUUGUACAAAAAUAACAGAAGAAAUCUUUUUUAUUUUAUAAUAUAUUAAGCGCAGUACAUGACUUUGUCAAAUACAUAAAAAAUCAGAAUAAAUGGCAUUUUAUAUAGGACUCUGAAUAUUGUCUUGGUGCUCUUGUUUUCAUUGUAUGACUUCACAAAAACAUAGAAUAAUAUAAAAUAGCAAUGCGGGUCUUUCUAAAUUACAAUACUUGAUCAUAUCCUCGUUAAUGUAAUUCUUAUCCUAGAAACAUAUAUUAUUCGAAAAUUUGUGGGCGCUUAUUUUCCUGUUUCUGUUAACAGAAACAGUUGUUGUUGUUUAAACAAGGAACGAGUGAUUCUUAAUAUUAACCAACCUUUUUUGUUAAUAAUUUUCUAAAUCAAAUCUUUUAUGGUCAAUAUAAUUUUUGCUCAUUAAGUUUUGCAUUUAUAACAGCUUUUAUACCCACUGCUAACUACUCAAAAUAUUAAGAAAACGCUGUAUUUUCUAUGUUUUUAUGCUGAGAUAAUUUAUACGUCUAGAUAGAGCCUCUUGCUGUUAGGCAACGCAUAAAAACAGGCCAGGUUAAUUUAUUUAGUGUGCGUGACAAGCUACGUCUUACACUCGCGAUACGUUAGUCACUUUGUUUUAUAGCACGUGGGUUGCUGAAAAUAGAGGUUAAAAGCUCGACUCUUUUUUUUCGACGUUUUCACAGCUGCUAUAGUCUAUAUGGACAUACUUAUUAUCAAAAGUUUUAGGUCAUUUUUUUUAUGUACAAUUCCAUAUUGCAUUUAUAAAAACAUAGCAACAAAUUAUUAAUUAUUUUUAAAAUUCUAGUAGUUUGUAUUUUAUUCUGUAGAUGAGUUUUGUGAGUUUUGUUGUUUUUUAUAUAGCUUCUAGGCUUUUUUAUUGAAAUAAAAUCCUAUUGUUUGCCUAUACAAGAUCUUUUUAUAUCGAAUUUGAUUGGACAAUAUUAUAGAUCUUUGCCGUAAAAGAUUGUUUCUGUGCACACGAUGUAUUAUUAAGAAGAUCAUUCAUCUGUUUUUAUAAAUUUCAACUUUUCAAUUUGAUCUCUUUCAAAUUAUCAAAAGUUAACUGAAAUCCAAUAUAAUUAACAAUUAAACCCUUACAUCCAUAACUUACUUUUUUCAUGUUUAACUCAAAAUAAAUGAAUAAUAAAAGUGACAUAACUCGAAAUAGUUUAUUCAAGCCAGAUACGAAAAUGUUAAAUAGCUUUAAUAGUCUGAAGAAAAACAAAUAUAUAUGAUAAUAUUUAUAUGUUGCUUUACUUAAAUAAGGGGGAAUGUGUUUUUUGAGCCUCAACGCGUAUAAGUUGACACUCCUUUGUAUGUAACACGUGCAACUAUCGUUUCGAUGUAUUAUUUUCUACCAGUAAAAAGUUUUGCUUUUAUUUUAUAUCAAAAUAUUUUUCGUGACGUCACAAAAUGGCCCAACGGAAGACCAGCGUUGGUUUUCAAACCAGCAACAUGCUGAGUUGGGACCAUUUUUUUUAAUCGUACUUAUAUAAUAGAAAUGUUUCAGUCUUUUUGUUUUUUGCUUGUUAUUAAGUUCAUAUUUAUUUUUUAUGUUAUGGUCUUUGUACAAAACUACAUACUUAUACGUUUCAAAAUAAAAUAAAUUUAUUUCUUUCUUUUCUUUCUGUUUAUUCAACAAAGACUUGUUAGUGUAAUAAAUCCAUUGUCCAUUAACUAUAAAAAUAAUGAAUGAUCUUCUAGUAUAUUCUGCUUAUCUCUACUGCCAAAUUGUAAUAUAAAGCAAUGUAGUUAUCGCAAUAAUUAUUGUACAGUUAAUAUAUUAGUGUGUACGAAGUUGUAUGGAAAGGCAUGAUGAAAUAAAUAAUGUCGAUGAUGUA